AGGAGAACGUGUAAACUCCACACAGAAAGAACAGCCAGGAUUUGAACCAGGACCUUCACUGUGAGAACAGUUCCAGGUUGACAGAAUCAGACGCUCUUUUUUCCAAAACAACACAUCAACCCACAGUCAGGACCUGAUUCUGGUUCAUCUUCAUCUUCAUUCACCUGAACAUGGAGGAGCGACCAAACAGGAGAGGAUCCAUGGAGAAAUAUGUAAAAAAAAAGCAUUUGAAGCUGCCUCAGCUGAAGGAAGCAGCAGGAGAAAUUAGCCUUGAUAACCAGUACAUCUACAAAGAUGACAUCCCAGAGUAUCCUCAACCUCAGUUUCAGGUCAGUUUUCUGAAACAUGACACAACAGCAGCCGGCUUGAAAGGAAUCCGGCAGAAGGGAGGCUUUAGAAAUCCAUAUAGAGGACCUCUGGUUUGGUUUAGUCUGUCUGUGAGAAAUGAAGAUAUAAAAGCUGCAGAGAAGAAACUGAUGGAGGAGAAGUACUCCGGUAUGAGCGGGGAGAUCGGCCUGAAGAGGUUUGCCACCUCUCCAGUCUUUUCACCAAAAUCCCGGUAUGGAAACUUCCGCUUCACCUUUCCCCUGGAGGAGGUGCUAAAGGCAUACAGUGAGCAGUUCUGCAGUGGUGGUCAGCCCGUCAUGAGGGUCUAUAAGACGGUUCUUUACAAACAGGAAAUUGUGUAUGCAGUGUUGGUCCACAGUCCAGAUGAUCAGAACUUCUCACAGUGUCCUUUAUUGGCUGAAGACCCGAACGCCGUCUGCUUCUUCAGAGAUGGCAGUUUCUUCUGGAGGUCAGAGGCCAUGUGUUUGACACACUGGUAUGGGCUCUUCCAAAACAACAACAGUUUAGAGGUGAAGAGUUUUGCAUAUCAUCCUUUUUAUGUCUGGGACAAUGUCGCCAUCGCGUUCCAUGUUGGGAAAAAGGUGCUGAAGUUUGAUGUGGAUCAGCUCGGACGGAAAGUAAAGUACUGUGAGCUAGAUGAUCUGACAAAAAGGCAAAAAAGGAAAUGGGGUGAGAAAAUACUGACUUAUGUUGAAGCUGAAAAACUGUUCAAGAGAUUAUGGUCUGAGCUCCCACUGGAGAAAGAGGAUCACACCAGAGACGAUGAAGCUCCUCCUCCUCAACCCUCCUCAUAAAAACCUCCUGUAGCUCCGCCCACCCGCGGUGUCUC